CGCCCGCCAAGGAAAGAAGUGCAUUACUUCGGAAAUGGUAUCACUUGAUGAUUGAGAAUAAAGAUGACCUUGCUAAGAUCAUUACAGCAGAGAAUGGGAAGCCUUUGAAAGAGGCUCAAGGUGAAAUCCUGUAUUCUGCCUCCUUUCUGGAGUGGUUUGCUGAAGAAGCUCGACGUGUUUAUGGGGACAUCAUUCCACCUGCUGCAAAAGGCAGAAGGAUCUUGGUGCUGAAACAGCCUGUCGGGGUGGCAACCAUUAUCACCCCUUGGAAUUUCCCUAGUGCCAUGAUUACACGGAAGGUUGGUGCAGCCCUGGCAGCUGGCUGUACAGUGGUGGUGAAACCUGCAGAAGAUACACCCUUAUCUGCAUUAGCGCUUGCUGAGCUGGCAAACCAGGCUGGCAUUCCAGCAGGAGUAUUUAAUGUUGUUCCCUGUUCCCGACAACAGACCCCAGCUGUAGGGGAGGCUCUAUGCACUGACCCCUUGGUAGCCAAAAUCUCUUUUACUGGCUCCACUGCAACAGGAAAGUUACUGCUGCACUAUGCUGCUGACACUGUGAAAAGGGUCUCCAUGGAGCUUGGGGGGCAUGCUCCCUUUAUAGUAUUUGACAGUGCUAAUGUGGACCAAGCUGUUGCAGGAGCCCUGGCUUCUAAAUAUAGAAACUCAGGACAGACAUGUGUUUGCACAAACCGCUUCUUGGUGCAGAAAGGAAUCCAUGAUACAUUUGUGGAAAAGUUUGCCAAAGCCAUUGAGAGAGAGCUACAUGUAGGAAAUGGAUUUGAUGAAAGAACUACCCAGGGACCAUUAAUUAACGAAAAGGCAGUGGAAAAGGUAGAAAGACACAUUAGUGAUGCGGUGGCUCAAGGAGCCUCCAUUGUGACGGGAGGAAAACGGCACAGCCUUGGGAAGAACUUCUUUGAGCCAACUUUGCUGAGCAAUGUCACAACAAACAUGCUUUGCACUCAAGAAGAAACAUUUGGUCCAGUGGCACCAGUUAUCAAGUUUGAUACCGAGGCAGAAGCUGUUGCUAUAGCAAAUUCAGCCAAUGUGGGUUUAGCAGGAUACUUCUAUUCUCAAGACCCAGGCCAGAUCUGGAGAGUCGCGGAGCAGCUGGAGGUUGGAAUGGUUGGGGUUAAUGAAGGACUAUUAUCUGCAGUAGAGUGCCCUUUUGGUGGUGUAAAACAGUCUGGUCUAGGACGAGAGGGUUCAAAAUAUGGCAUUGAUGAGUACCUAGAAGUCAAAUACGUCUGUUUUGGAGGCUUAUAACAACCACUGAGAGAAACAAUCCACAAAGGCCUGGAAAGUAGGGCUUUAGGUCUAGUAAAUUACAAAUCCAGAUAUCGGUACAUAUUAGUGCAACUCUUACUCCAUUCAGAAUUAAGUAACCCUCUCGUGUAAGUGUAAAGAGAUGUUUUACAGUCUUGUGCUAGUUUUUACAGUCUUGUGCUAGUAUAUGUAAAAAUACUACUCAACAUUGAUCUUUACAUACUGCAUUGUCAUAGCAUUAGUUAAUACCCAGCAGUAUAACUACUGUGCCUCUCUUUGGUGGGGGCAGGAAAGAAUAGUAGUGUCUCUGUUAUUUAAGCAAAUAGGAUGGAGUGAUUUUUGUCCACAAAGAAGAUCCAUCCUCCAUUUCUGGUAAAAGAAACAGACACCUUUUUUCCCUAAAACCAUGUAUGUGGGGAACUGUUGGGGGAGAUAAUUUCCCUGCUGUGCCCAAUGUUAACGCAUUCUGUAUAUGCUGGAUGCACAGCGAGGCAAUGGAUACAGGACACACCUGGCGCAGUGGUAGCAGGGGAAAGAGAAUUUGUCUCGCCUUGCAGGGAGACUACAGAGCUGUUGGAAUGAGGAGAAAAGUAUAAGAUGGUAUGUAAAUGAAUGUCUAACCCAGUGGUUCUCACUGGGGGUGGUGAGGCGAGGGUCAUGAUGCAGGCACUGCUGCCACUGCAGCAGCCAGGUAAAACUGCCCCACGUGCAGGUCUGUGGUAUGCGCACACUGGUGCUGCAUCGGGGCUUUCUCAUAACACUAAACCAGGA